CGGCCCGCUCCGACUUCCUCCAGGCCGGCCGUGCCACCCCCGUGCCCACCGGGGGGCACAGGGCAGGGUGGGCCCGGCGGGGGACGGAGGGCAGUUGGGCAAUUGCAGGGUUUUCGUGAGACAGGAAAACAAAACUGAAAUUGCAAACUUUACCCAGCUGAGAGUUAUUUCGGGACGUUUGCUGGGGCUGCCUUUAAAUAGGGAAAGCUUCUGCAGCAGGCUCAGGCAGCGCCUGGAGCGGUGUCCCAGCGAGACCCUGCUCCUCCCCUCCAGCCACUCCUGUUGUUUAAUUAAAAUCCCAUCAGAGGCCUGGGGUGAGUGCAGGGGCUCAGGGAUCACCUGUCGAUGGGGAUAUAAAGGCUCCCAAUGAAAGAAGGACGGGGAGCUGCUGGGACAGAGUCCAGAGGAGGCUACGGAGCUGCUCCCAGGGCUGGAGCCCCUCUGGAGCUCUGGGAGAGCUGGGGGUGCUCACCCGGAGAGGAGAAGGCUCCAGGGAGAGCUCAGAGCCCUUCCAGGGCCUGAAGGGGCUCCAGGAGAGCUGGAGAGGGACUGGGGACAAGGAUGGAGGGACAGGACACAGGGAAUGGCUCCCAGUGCCAGAGGGCAGGGUUAGGUGGGAUACUGGGAAGGAAUUAUUUCCUGUGACUGCUCCCUGAUAACACAGGUUAUCGGCUGGAAAGGGUUUCCUCUACACCUGUUUCAUUCCUCGACUGCUAUCACUAGGAGCCUGCGAGACCCCUGGAAGCAGCUGCCUGGAGGAAACGCUUGGAUUUACCUAAAUAUAGCAUUAUUUCAUCAAUUAUCUUAAACCAGUUGUAAUUAAUGUGAAAUGAACGCAAAGAAUGUGCUCCUUCCUUAAUCACAGAGUUGGAAUAAUGCACGGAGCACUGGCACAGCUGCAAGCAUGGAACAGAUGCAGAAACAUUUGGGAGACUGCCAGCCCUGCGAGGCCCCAGCUGCGAGCAGCGUCCCUGGGCACCGGAGCUCUGUGGGGUACAAGGAGUGUGAGCGGGGCACCCCCAGCCCCACAGGCUGACAACCCUCUGCCAUAAGAUGCUUUUCCCAUCCCUGCUCCAGUCCGUGCCCUGGGCCCACAGCUGCUGAGAUGGCACAGAGCGCUGAGCUGCAGCCCAGCUUCGAGGACGUGUUCAACAUUCUGUCCCAGGCCCCAACAGAGAAACUGCUGAGUCUCAAACUCAAACUGAAGCACCUGAUACCUGGGCCCUGCAACAAGUUACUGCAAGCUAUGGUCCUGCUUACUCUGGGGCAAGAAACGGAUGCAAGAAUUUGUCUGGAUGCCUUGAGGGAUAACCGGGCAGCCCAGUACAUCCAGCAGAUCAAACUGGGCACUGCAGGAGUGCAGGAGGACAGGGAGGAUUUGCAGCCUCCCCAGCUGGAUGCAGGUGCUGUGGCACUGCUGGCACAGGUGUACACAGUGCUGGCACAGGAACAGCUGUGCAGUCCUGAGGCCAGGGACAAAGCCUGCCUUGCCAGCAAGGACACUCAGCAGGGGACGUUCAACAACAUCCCUCCCAAGGAACAGGACAAACGGGGCUCUGCAGGCAGCGGGGGCUCAGGGGACAGGUUUGGGAUGCUGAGAUCCCAUGAGGAUGCAGGAUUUCCCCACACAGCCACCUCCCACUGGAUGGUGAGGAGCUCACCAGUGGAGAUCAGAGGCAACUCAGACCUUUCAGGCCCACGGACCCUGUGCUCUGUGGGGAGCUCCUCCCUGUCCAGCUGUUUGGAGAUCAGUGCAUCACCAACAGUUGCUUUUCACACCCAGCCCUCUGUCCCCGAGUGUGUCCCCUGGCCCAGCCGUGCUGGACACCUCAACAGGGACACAGAGAGCCAUGGCCCAGAGGAAUCCAGCUGGGCCAGCACUCCCAGCCCUCCCCCUGGGCAGGGCACAGCUGCCCAAGGGCCCCAGCCAGAGAAGGUUCUGCAGGUCGGUCCCUGUCCCCCCACCCCUCUCCCCAUUCCCAAGACACCGCUGCCCUCGGAGCCUGCCCAAAGCAGUGACGUGUCCAGCACAGUGACAGAGCCUCACACCCCAAGGGAAAAGCAGGAUGACAAGCAGGAUGAAAAGCAGGAUGAAAAGCAGGAUGACAAGCAACUAUCUGCUGAUGUCCCUGACUCAAGGGCUGCAGGGGAUACUGCUCCUGCCCCCGUGUCCAUACAGGACUCCAACACUCCAGCAGGCAUUCCCUGUAACACUGCACGUGCUUCUAUUUCAACCUGCUCCCUUCCUCCUCCCACUUAUUCCUUCUCCCCAACUCUUCCUCCUCUUCAGGAAUCUCCCUCCAAACUAUCAUAUCCCCCUCCCCUGCAUUCAUCCCCCUCUCCAGCCAGGCCUCCUGCUCCCCCAGCCAUGGAUCCAUCAGAGCCAGAUGGUGCCAAGUUCUUCACGUUUGUUAUCCUGCACGCCAGUGAAGAUGAGAUUGUGGCCCAGCAGGUCAAGGACCUGCUGGAGAGCAUGGGGGUGUCCAACGGUGCCACGCUCAGUGAGGAUUUCUUCAUCGCCGGGCGCAGCCACAUGCUUUGCUUCCAGGAGGCCAUGGAAAACUCUGCCUUCAUGAUCCUCCUGCUGACCAAGAACUUUCCCUGCAACCUGUGCCUGUACCAGACAGACACUGCUCUGAUGCAGUCCAUCCUGGACCCCUCCAAGCAAGACUCAGUCAUCCCAUUUCUACCCAAGGCAAACGCCCUGGAGUGCAGCCAGAUCCCCAGGAUGCUCAGCGUGCUCGUCACCCUGAAUGAGAGCUCUCCUCUCUUCUCCAAGAAUGUGCAGAAGACUUUUAACCCCAAGAAGAUCAGGGAGAAGAAAGCCAUGUGGGACCAGAGAAGGAAGCUCCAGGCACGCUGGGAACAGCACCAAGCCCAGCAGAACUUGGCUGUGCUCAGCCUGGGCUCCCCUCCCUGGGUGCCUCCAGCAGCGCCACGGCCGUGGCCACCAGGGCCUGCAGCCCAACCCUGGUGUCCUCCUGCCCCCAUGCACCCCCCUCCUGCUCAGAGGGGUCCUCCCCCUUCCCAAGCACAGCUGCCCCCAGGCCACUACAACCUCACAGCAGGCCAGGCAGGGAUGCCAGCCCUCAUCAUCCACAACGCCCGCAUGGUUCAGAUCGGGAACCACAACGUGAUGCAGGUGGAAACUGCCCCACCCGGGCCAGGGCACAGCCAGGAGCAAGCCAGGCACAACCUCUGACCCGGGGCAGCCAAGGGCAGAGACAAAAUCCAUUUCAAUCCUGCAUUACAGUGAUUCUGCUGGGACUGGGAUUAUUGCUCUAUGCAGCAAGAGUUCCAUUUUCCUGAAGCACAAAAGAAAAUUCUUUAUUUUUUUGUUGGAAAAAAAGAUGUAGUGAUCUCUUGAAACUGUUUGUCCUUGUGCUUAUUUUCAAGUAACUAAGAAAAUUAUUUUCUUGAUUGUCUGGAACUACUUGAAGAUUUUAUAAAUAAAUUUUAAUUAAUUUA